AUGGAUGUGGAAAAAUCUUCGCCAGUGCAAAAGUCGGUUUUCUAUUCCGCACUGAUGUCCUCUGCAUCAUCUUUACUGUUUGGAAUGUCUCUUACAGUAAUAGGAUGUAUGUAUCCACAUGUUUCAAAAAGAUGGGAAGAAACCAUGAACAAGACAGAGGUGAAUAAUCUCUGGGGAAUCACCUCAAGCAAUAUAUUCCUUGGGUGUCUGAUCUCAAAUGUCUUGGUAAAUGCUAUUAGGCCAAACAUGAAAAAAGCUUUGUUACUUAACAACAUUUUCCAUGUUACAGGAUAUAUCAUCUUUCUCCUUGAUCAAAAUUUCAAAUCUAUCUUUUCCGGAAGAUUGAUCAUAGGACUUGGCUCAGGAAUAACAUGUGCAAUAGUACCUAUAUACACCUCACUGGUAUCAUCAAAAGAGUCCCGAGGUUUUCUGUUAUCCUUUCAUCCCCUUGGAAUAUGUAUUGGAAUAACCAUCGGUAAUACCCUUUCUUCCCUUAAUUCCGACUCCACCUGGAGGAUUCCAUUGUUUAUAGCUUUGUUAUUGGUAGCAUUGAAUUUUCUAAGCUUACUGGGAAUAAUCGAUCCCUCCCAUCAAGAGGCUUCUUCGGAGGUAUCCUUUCCCAGUCUAUUUAAAAAUCCCAGAGCAAGAAAGUCCAUCUUUCUUGCAGUGCUGGUUCACAUCUCCCAGCAUCUUUGCGGGGUGGAUUAUAUAACUCUUUUCCUAAAAGAUCUUUUUCCUGUAGACAUGUAUUCUCCAGAAGUAAUGACUGUUGCCAUCUCCUCGUUUUCGGUUCUUGUAACAGGGCUUUUUGCACGAUAUGUUGACUUCAUUGGGAGGAAGCCUUUAAUCAUCGCUAGCUCCCUAAUUUCUGGUACUGCAACAGCAAUGCUUACCUUCAAUAUAUAUCCUGCUUUUGCAACGCUUCUGUUUAUAUUGGGAUACAACAUCGGUCUCGGCCCCAUCCCAUGGUUUAUAACAGCGGAAAUCUUUCCGCCCGAGUAUACGAAUCCAGCCUGUCUCCUUGGUGUUUCUUUGAACUGGUUAUCAGCUUAUGGUGUUUUGGCUGCUCUUUAUCCAUUUCAUUUAAGGUACGGAAGAUUUGUGUUCUCUUUCUAUACGUUUUGCACUAUUCUCUUUGCAGGGCUAAUGGCCUUAUUUUUCACAGAAACUAAGAACAAGGCACCAGAUUUUCAGUAA